GCCAUGGGCGACUGGAGUUUCCUGGGGAACAUCUUGGAGGAGGUGAACGAGCACUCCACAGUCAUCGGCCGGGUCUGGCUCACGGUGCUUUUCAUCUUCCGGAUCCUCAUCCUGGGCACGGCCGCAGAGUUUGUGUGGGGGGACGAGCAGUCCGACUUCGUGUGCAACACCCAGCAGCCGGGCUGCGAGAACGUCUGCUACGACGAGGCCUUCCCCAUCUCCCACAUCCGCCUGUGGGUGCUGCAGAUCAUCUUCGUGUCCACGCCGUCGCUGGUGUACGUGGGCCACGCCGUGCACCACGUGCGCAUGGAGGAGAAGCGCAAGGAGCAGGAGGCGGAGGAGCUGAGCCCGCAGGCGGUGGGCGAGGGCGGCGAGAGGGGGCCGCUGCCGGCCGACCAAAGCAGCAUCAAGAAGAGCAGCAGCAGCGGCAAAGGCACCAAGAAGUUCCGGCUGGAGGGGACCCUGCUGAGGACCUAUAUCUGCCACAUCAUCUUCAAGACCCUUUUCGAGGUGGGCUUCGUCGUGGGCCACUACUUUCUGUACGGCUUCCGGAUCCCGCCCCUCUACCGCUGCAGCCGCUGGCCCUGCCCCAACGUGGUGGACUGCUUCGUGUCCCGGCCCACGGAGAAAACCAUCUUCAUCCUGUUCAUGCUGUCUGUGGCCUCUGUCUCCCUCUUCCUCAACAUGCUGGAGAUGAGCCACCUGGGCCUGAAGAGGCUCCGGUCUACCUUCAAGAGGCCCGCGGAGCAGCCACUGGGGGAGAUUCCUGAGAAGUCCCUGCACUCCAUCGCUGUGUCCUCCAUCCAGAAAGCCAAGGGCUACCAGCUGCUCGAAGAAGAGAAAAUCGUGUCCCACUAUUUCCCUUUGACAGAGGUCGGCAUGGUGGAGACCGGCUCACUUUCUGCCAAGCCUUUCAGUCACUUCGAGGAGAAGAUGGGGCCAGGGCGUCUAGGGGACCUGUCCGGGGCUUACCAAGAGACGCUGCCUUCUUACGCUCAGGUGGGCGCGCAGGAAUUGGAGGGGGACGAGCAACCAGGGAAGGAAAGGGUAGAACCCAAGGCGGUUGAGAAGGGGCAGGAAGCAGAGAGAGUGAGCACAGAAGGGCAGGAGACCGCAGCAGUGCUGGAGGGGGAGAAAGGAGACACCUCCACAGUGGGAAAGGAGGGGGAGAAAGAGCUGCAGGCUGAGAAGGUGUCCAAACAAAGGCUGCCUGCUGAGACGGCACCUUCCCUGUGUCCAGAGCUGAGUGGGGAUGACACCAGACCCCUAAGCAGGCUGAGCAAAGCCAGCAGCAGGGCCAGGUCAGACGAUCUAACCAUAUGAGGCGGUGCCAAAGAAAGAAAGAAAACACCUGAGCUAACCUAUAGGGCACGGUGAAAGGAAAAGAUGCCAACAUGAUUUGAGUCUUUUGUCCCUCCCCUCACAUCCACCCCUGGUUAGACAG